UAUGUUAUCCAAAGUUUUAUUUGGAACUCAAAUUUACGAUGCUAAACGAGGUUCAUUCGUUGAUUUGGGUAUUCUUGAUGUUCAACAAAUCUUUGGUAGAGCUGGUCGUCCACAAUUCGAUACUUAUGGUCAUGGAAUGAUUAUUACAACUCAUGAUAAAUUACCGCAGUACUUGUCACUCUUAACUCGCCAAAGUCCAAUCGAAAGUCAAUUUAUUGAAAGUCUAGUUGAUAAUCUUAAUGCUGAAAUUUGCUUAGGAACGAUAACAAAUCUCGAAGAGGCCAGUCAAUGGCUACAAGAAACGUAUUUAUACGUUAGAAUGAGAGCAAAUCCUCAAGUAUACGGAAUAAGCUAUUUAGAAUAUCAGGAAGAUCGAACUCUAGGAGAAAAACGAAGAAAACUGAUUAUAGAUGCUGCGAGAGAUUUAGAUAAAGCUAGAAUGAUUAGAUUUGACGAAAAGAACGGUUUUCUUCACUCGACUGACUUAGGUAGAACUGCAAGUCAUUACUACAUAAAAUACGCUACAAUUGAAACAAUUAACGAGCUACUUAAAUCUCAAAUGACUGAGGACACCAUUUUUUCAAUGCUCUCUAAAGCUCAAGAAUUUGAUCAGAUAAAAGUGAGAGACGACGAACUUGGUGAAUUAGACGAUCAUUUAGAUAAAACAUGUCAAUUAAGAGUUUUAGGAGGAACUGAGAAUGGUUAUGGAAAAGUAAAUAUUCUACUGCAAACUUAUAUUGGCAGAGCUAGUAUAGAUUCCUUCUCAUUAGUAUCCGAUCAAGCCUACGUUGCACAAAAUGCUGGUAGAAUUGCCAGAGCUGUCUUUGAAAUAGCUUUAAAAAAAGGUAUGGCGAUUAUGUCUGGACGUCUAUUAAACGUUUGUAAAUUAAUUGAAAGGCGUUUAUGGCCAAACGAACAUCCACUUUAUCAAUUCGGCAAUACGAUAUCUUUCGAUAUUUUACGUAAGCUACAACCAUCUCUAACGGAUCCUAGAAAGAGAGGAAAUGAUUUGUCAUUAAUCAAACUAAAAGAGAUGGAUUCUAAAGAGAUAGGACUAUUUAUUCGACAUCCGAAAAUGGGUAGUACAGUCAAAUCUUGCGCGCAUCAAAUUCCCAUGCUGGAUAUAGAGACGACUAUCCAACCUAUUACUAGAACAGUCUUAAGAGUAAGAUUGCUGAUAAAACCUGAUUUUCGAUGGGAGGAUAGAGUGCAUGGAAAUGGUUCGGAAAUAUUUUGGAUUUGGGUAGAAGAUCCGGAAACAGAUCAUAUCUAUCAUGUGGAAAAUUAUCUAGUGAGUAAGAAGCAAGCGAAAACAAGGGAGGAGCAAACUCUUGUAUUCACCAUACCGAUUAAUCAGGAUCCUCUACCAAGUCAAUACGUUCUUAGAUGCAUAUCGGAUAGAUGGCUCGGCUCUGAUAAUAGUCAAGCUGUGUCCUUUAAACAUCUAAUCUUACCAGAUCAUCAUUUACCUCACACAGCUCUACUGGAUUUGCACCCAUUACCUAAGACAGUUUUAAAAGAUAAAAAUCUGGAGGCCUUAUAUCCAUUUGACCAUUUUAAUCCUAUUCAAACACAAGUAUUCCAUCCAGUAUAUCAUACCGAUUGUAACGUUCUACUUGGAGCUCCAACAGGAAGUGGAAAAACAAUAGUAGCCGAAUUAGCUAUGUUUAGAGUAUUCAGAGAAUAUCCAAACGCUAAAUGCGUUUAUAUUGCUCCUCUGAAGGCUUUAGUUCGGGAAAGAGUUGACGACUGGAAGAUAAGACUACAAGAAAAAUUAGGAAAAAAUGUUGUUGAAUUAACUGGAGAUGUUGCACCAGAUAUGAAGUCGGUAGCUAAUGCCGAUGUAAUAGUAACUACACCCGAAAAAUGGGACGGUAUAUCUAGAAGUUGGCAAACUAGAUCUUAUGUUAAAUCUGUUAGGCUAUUAGUUAUUGAUGAAAUUCAUUUACUUGGUGAUGACAGAGGUCCCGUGUUGGAAGUUAUCGUCUCAAGAACCAAUUUUAUUUCUUCCCAUACCGACUACAAAGUUCGUGUUGUUGGAUUAUCGACGGCACUAGCAAAUGCCCGAGAUUUAGCUGAUUGGUUAGGUAUUAAAACAAUAGGACUCUUUAACUUUCGACCAUCUGUUCGACCAGUUCCAUUAGAAGCUCAUAUACACGGAUUUCCGGGCAAGCAUUACUGUCCAAGAAUGGCCACUAUGAAUAAACCUGCUUUUCAAGGAAUUAAAUUACAUUCACCUGAGAAGCCUGUCUUGAUAUUCGUUUCAAGUAGAAGACAAACUCGUCUAACUGCACUUGACCUAAUCUCUUUCUUAGCUGCCGAUGAUAAUCCUCAACAGUGGUUGAAUAUGCCCGAGAAUGAGAUGGAAAAUCUAAUUUCUGGUGUUAAAGAGCAAACUUUAAAGUUAACUCUAUCCUAUGGAAUAGGUCUUCACCACGCAGGUUUAGUUGAAAGAGAUAGAAAAACUGUAGAAGAAUUAUUUGUUAAUCAAAAAAUUCAAAUUCUAAUAGCGACUUCAACAUUGGCAUGGGGCGUUAAUUUUCCAGCACAUUUAGUUAUUAUUAAAGGAACAGAAUACUUUGAUGGAAAACAAAAACGAUAUGUUGACUUUCCGAUAACAGAUGUUCUACAAAUGAUGGGUAGAGCUGGCCGUCCUCAGUUCGAUAACGAAGGAAAAGCUUUAAUAUUCGUUCACGAUCAAAAGAAACAUUUCUACAAGAAAUUUUUAUACGAACCGUUUCCUGUAGAAUCAAACCUAUUAGCGGUGCUACCGGAGCAUUUAAACGCUGAAAUUGUAGCGGGAACUAUUCAAUCAAAGCAAGAAGCUAUGGAUUAUAUUACAUGGACCUAUUUCUUUAGACGAUUAAUUAUUAAUCCUAGUUAUUACGAUCUUGAAGAUACGGAUCACGGCACGCUUAACGUCUAUUUAUCAAAAUUAGUCGAAAAGUGUAUUCAAGAAUUAGCAUUAGCCGGUUGUGUAACAAUCACUGAAGAUGGUUUAGGUUUACAGCCAACGGACUCUUCGCGUAUAGCUUCAUACUAUUAUCUUAGUCAUUUUACAAUGAAAAUGUUUGAUGAAAAGCUCAACUCCAAUUGUGAAUUAGAAGAUCUGAUUGAAAUUUUAUCAAAUUGUCAAGAAUACGCCGAACUUCCUGUUAGACAUAAUGAAGAUAAGUUAAAUAGCGAUUUAGCUCAGGAUCUGCCUAUCUCACUAGCAUCCCAUGCAAUGGAUAGUUCACAUACAAAAGCCCAUUUACUACUUCAAGCCCAUUUUAGUCAUGCAAAUCUACCUUGUUCCGAUUACGCUACCGACACGAAAUCUGUUAUGGAUCAAGCUAUAAGAAUUCUACAAGCUAUGUUAGAUACUUGCGCCGGCCAAGGAUGGCUCGUAACUUCGAUAAGAAUUAUCAAUUUAAUUCAAAUGAUCAUUCAAGCCAGAUGGUUAAACGAUUCAACAUUAUUGGUUCUUCCUCAUAUUGAUAGUCGUAUUUUGCCAAAGCUUGCAAUGUUGAAAAAUUGUCACGUGAGAUGUUUACCCGAACUUAUGCAUUACGUUGAGAGAAAUGGAAAGAGUGCUGUAUAUGACGCGCUUAGAGACGAUUUAGGAAGACCAGCUAUCGAUGAUAUAUUCAAAGCUUUAGGUUCCUAUCCUAAAAUUGAUGUCAUCAUGUCGGUAAAAGGAAUAUUGAACGAUGGCUUAUUAAGAGAUAAACGAAUUGAAAAUAUGCACGAAAGUGGACCAAAUGUUUCGGACAAGAAAUGGUUACAAGUUUCAUCGGAUACCGAAUAUACAUUAAAUUUAUCACUUAUCAGUUUAAAUAUGAGAAGGAGAAAGGAAAAUAAAGCUUUUGCCCCGUUCUUCCCUAAACCAAAGGACGAAGGUUGGAUAAUUAUUAUUGGAGACGUCGAUAAAAAAGAGCUAGUUGCCUUAAAGAGAGUAAACUCCCUCAAGGGAAAGGAAACUAAAACUAGCAUUGUGUUUUACACACCAGAAGAUUGCGGUAGAGUGAUAUACAGCGUUUAUGUACUAAGCGAUGCGUAUCUUGGCCUUGAUCAGCAAUAUGAUUUACACUUGGAAGUUCAAGAUAUAAGUAACAAACCGAAUGAUGACUAUGACGAAGAAGAAUUAUAA